UCACAUGUACAAAAGCCUCAAAAUUUUCUUGAUAUUCCUUUGAUCUUGUUAUAUAUAAUAAUCAGUCCGAUUUGGGAUAGGAUGGGCGUUAGAUCUGUUGCAGGGCUUCUUCUUUUUCUCAAUUUUUGCAUGUAUGCUGUAGUGUUGGGAAUUGGUAGCUGGGCCAUCAAUAGAGCUAUUGAUCAUGGCUUCAUCAUUGGUCCUGGAUUGGAUCUCCCGGCACAUUUCUCACCGAUCUUCUUACCGAUGGGGAACGCAGCGACUGGCUUCUUUGUGACGUUCGCCAUGCUUGCUGGGGUGGUGGGCGUUGCUGCUGCUAUCUCGGGCCUCAACCACCUCCGCCACUGGGAUGCCGGUAGCUUGUCUGCCGCUGCCACUGCCGCUACCAUUUCCUGGACCAUUACAUGCCUUGCCAUGGGGUUUGGAUGCAAAGAGAUUGAGCUGCACAUCAGAAACUCACGUUUGAGAACAAUGGAGGCUUUCAUGAUUAUUUUGUCUGGUACUCAGCUCUUAUACAUAGCUGCAAUUCAUGGAGCUGCUUCAACCUCAAGAAUUUGACCCUAAUAAUUUCUGUUUAUGACUUUGAGUCAAUCGUAUAAUUUCAUUUUCUAAGAUGCAAAUUAUUUUAUCAGCUUUUUUUGGGUUAUUCAUCUUGUUGUAAGGUUUGUAAGCCAUCUAGUAAUUAUUCCUUUUAAGGUUUGUAUUA